UGGCCUCACAGAAAAUUCUGUGCCAGGAAUGCUAGAAAAUUAGCUGUGAUGAUUUUCUUAUAAUGUGAUUGAAAAAUUAAUUAGUGCGUGGAGGAGAUACUAUAGCCUCAAUGAUGAGUGUGGAGGAGGACCUACACAGCUUCUGUAACAGAUCCGUGUUCUGGAACAGCACAGUUUUCCUGGAGAAUUCCUGGCCCCGUAUUCCUGCGUGUUUCCAGAUCACUGUGUUGACAUGGAUUCCCUGCGCCUGGUUGUGGCUGACGUUACCUCCGUAUUGUUACUACCUGUAUCACUCGGACAACAGACAGAGAAACAUUCCUGCCAAUGCCCUGAGUGCUAUCAAAUCUGGUAUCAGCUUUUUACUUGGAAUAAUCGUCCUGGUGGGCCUGAUCCAUGACAUCACAAAGGACGAGAAUCUGAGUCUUUCCCACGUCCCUCCCGCCAUACUCCUCAGUGUCUUCCUACGACUGGCUACAUUUAUGCUUGCCGGCUUCUUGGGUCAGAUAGAACGGUUGUGUGGCAUUGUUUCAUCGGGCGUGCAGUUUGUUUUCUGGUUGAUACUUCUGGUCCUCAGUGUUGUGCCAUUUUAUUCCAAUAUUAUGCAAAGGAAAUAUAACUGGGACCUCUUUAAGUUCAUCAUAUUUUACAUUUAUUUCCUGGCUGUUUUUGUCCAAUUUAUUCUACAUUGUAUAGCAGAAAAACCAGAAAUAUCAGCAGAGAAAACUCCGGAGGAGAAGAGUAACGUAAACCCACUGUAUUGUUUUAAACAGAAGCCGUGUCCAGAGAAAGAUAGUUCUGUGUUAAACCGGCUAUACUUCUGGUGGCUCAACCCACUUGUGCUAUCUUCUGUGAAAACUCCACUAAAACUUGAGGACAUGUGGCAACUGAACAAGGAAGAUAAAAACAGUUAUCUCACGCAGAAGUUUGAAAAACACUGGAGAAGGGAGAUCAUCGACUCCAAAAUCAAAUUACAAAAGAUGAUGUCAUCAGUCAGGAGAAAACAAGAUCUUUACACAAGGGCCUCUGGUAUGACGGAGAAAACGCCCCUUCUAGGUGGAAAGACUGGGCCAGUGUUUACAACAAAGGAGGAAACAACUCCAACCCCUCCUGAUCCACCGGAAGCCAUCCCUUCUCUUUCCUCCGCCCUGACAAAGACUUUUGGAUUCGUCUACCUGGUGUCUCUUGGAUUCAAGUUCCUCUCCGAUGUCCUUCAAUUCGUUAGCCCUGUUCUGCUUGGAAUCCUGAUUGAUUACGCUGAUAAGAGGGAGCAGCUUCCAGCAUGGAGGGGGUAUAUCCCCGCCAUCCUGCUGUUCCUGGCCUCCUGUCUACAGUCCAUAUUCUAUCACCAAAACUACCAUGUCGGAAUGUCUGUUGGUAUGAGGAUCAGAUCAACCCUCAUCGCAGCAAUCUUCAGAAAGGCCUUGACAUUGAGUCCAUCUGCACGGAAGGGUAACACUCUAGGCGAGAUCGUGAAUCUCAUGUCUGUUGAUUGCCAGAGGAUUCAGGACACAUUUACGUACUCCUGGUCUCUGAUGACAUGUCCACUACAGAUGGCGCUGGGGAUUUACCUCCUGUGGAAUGUUGUGGGGGCUUCUUGUAUCGCUGGACUAAUAGUACUUAUUCUGAUGGUCCCCCUCAAUUCUUUUGUGGUGGUCAAACAAAGGGCACUAAACGUAAAAGUACUGCGUCUCAAGGGACAGAGAACAAAAUUAAUGACGGACGUCCUCAAUGGAAUGAAGGUGUUAAAGAUGUAUGCUUGGGAACCUUCAUUUGAAGAAAAAGUUAAGAGCAUUCGAGACGAAGAGUUGGUAUAUCUGAGAAAGAUUGCAUGGUUACAAGGAAGCACCACAUUUUGUUGGAUUCUUGCGCCAUAUUUGGUGACCUUAGCUACAUUUACCACUUACAUCUUGAUCUCCCCUGAACACGUUCUUGAUGCUAAGAAGGCCUUUGUCGCUUUGGCUCUGUUUAACAUCCUCCGACUUCCAAUCAACCUAAUGUCACAGACCAUCUCCUUACUUGUACAGGCUGUGGUGUCCAUUAAGAGAAUCCAAGACUUCCUAGUGAUGACUGAUUUAGAUUCCACAAACGUACACCACUCAACUCUCUCUGAUUACGCCAUAGAGGUCGAAAAUGCAUCAUUCGCUUGGGAUUUGGAAGCUCCAACGCCUACGUUAAAGGAUAUCAGCCUGAAGAUACCGGAAGGGAUGCUGAUAGCGGUGGUGGGACAAGUCGGCUGUGGUAAAUCGUCGCUGAUCUCUGCUCUCCUCGGGGAAAUGAAUAAGCUGGAGGGAAGUGUUAAUUUCAGGGGCACCACAGCAUACGUUCCUCAAGAGGCGUGGAUACAGAAUGCAACACUGAUGAACAAUAUUUUGUUUGGUAAGCCUUACAUACAGAAAAAAUAUCAGAAAGUCAUCGAGGCAUGCGCCCUGGUGCCUGAUCUAGAUAUGCUGCCCGGAAGAGACCAUACAGAAAUCGGCGAAAAGGGAAUUAACAUAAGCGGUGGGCAGAAACAGAGAGUGAGUCUUGCCAGAGCGGUGUAUAGUAACUCCAAUGUUUACCUUCUCGAUGAUCCUCUGUCGGCUGUCGAUUCUCAUGUAGGAAAACACAUCUUCGAUCGUGUCAUAGGACCCAAAGGACUUCUUAAAAAUAAGACACGCGUUCUUGUAACUCAUGGCGUCCAUUGGUUGCCUAUGGUAGAUAUGGUUGUUGUCAUGGUAAACGGGAAGAUUACAGAAACAGGAAACUAUGAACAGCUAAUCAAACAUGACGGACCGUUCGCGCAAUUCUUAAAGGAGUAUUUCCUGAAUGAACCUGAUAAUGAAAUAGAGAAUGAGCACCCAGAAAUUUCCAAAAUAAAGACACAGAUCCUUGAAAAGGUUGAGUCUGUGACGUCAGAUGCUUGGACAUCCGAUGCAGACGGCAAGAGACUAAGUCUCUCUGUAAGGAGAGAAUCAAAAAAGCAGGAGCUGGGAAAAUCUCCCUAUCCUAAACCAGCAGAAAAAUCCAUAUCGCGUCAGAAACUGACGUCAGCGGAGACGUCACAGGAAGGACAGGUAAAGUUAUCUGUCUUCACGGAGUAUGCUAGGGGAGUGGGCGUCCUAACGUGUGUAGUUGUUCUCAUUGUGUUCACACUGUACCAUUCUACCAGCGUCUUUUCCAACUAUUGGCUAACGUACUGGACAGAGGAUCCACUUCUCUUGCAUCGGGACGAGAUGAACACAACUGAAUAUUACGAUAGGAAGACCUAUUACCUCUCUGUAUAUGGAGUUCUAGGGGUCGUACAGGGAGUACUUGUCUUCCUGUAUGCCAUCAUUUUAUCUUUGGGAAUGGUGACUGCUUCCGGCAGAUUGCAUCACAGAAUGCUCCAGAAAAUUCUCCGUGCACCAAUGUCUUUCUUCGACACAACUCCUCUUGGGCGGAUUACCAAUCGUUUCUCAGCUGACAUAGACAUAAUGGACAACACGUUACCCUUAACAUUUAGGAUAACACUGAACUCACUAUUUCUGGCGCUUAGUACUCUGAUCGUUUGCACAAUCAACACUCCGUACUUUGCAGCAUUCAUUGUUCCUGUAGCAAUCCUGUAUUAUUUCAUUAUGAAAUUCUACAUUCCUACGGCAUCCCAGCUUAAGAGGGUGGAGUCCGUGACCCGGUCCCCUGUAUUUAACCACUUCAGUGAGACAGUGACGGGGGCCAGUGUCAUCAGGGCUUACAAAGUCCAGGACCGAUUUAAAGAGGAGUCGUCAAGGAGGGUAGAUCAGAAUAUGGAGCCGUAUUACAUCAACUUCUCCUCAUCCAGAUGGCUAGGAGUGAGGCUGGAAUUCCUUGGAAAUUGCCUCGUUCUGGGCGCAACUAUGUUUAGUAUCUUCUCAGAUCUUAAUGGCGCUCUCGUAGGACUUUCAAUCACCUAUGCUCUACAGGCCACAGGGAUUCUGAAUCUACUGGUUGUAAACCUGACUGAUUUGGCCAAUAAUAUCGUAUGUGUGGAAAGAAUAAAGGAGUACUACACUGAUGUCAAAAGUGAGGCUGAGUGGACGUCUGAGAACAAACCACCCCCUGAGUGGCCACAAUCUGGACACAUCAAGUUUUUACACUAUAGAACCCGGUAUAGAGAGGGUCUAGACCUCGUCCUGAAGGGUGUGACUGUGACCAUUAACCACGGGGAAAAGAUUGGGAUCGUCGGUCGGACAGGGGCGGGGAAAUCUUCCAUGACGCUUUCACUGUUCCGGUUGAUUGAGAGUGCUGGAGGUGAAAUCAUUAUUGACGGUGUCCGGAUAGCUGAUAUUGGACUCCACGACCUCAGAUCCAAAAUCACCAUCUUACCUCAGGAUCCAGUUAUCUUCUCUGGAAGUUUGCGGUUGAACCUUGACCCCUUCAAUGAGUAUACCGAUCUCCAAAUCUGGAAGGCAUUGGAAACCGCCCACCUGAAAUCAUUUGUCCAAUCAUUGACCGGACAACUCCAAUACGACUGUGGAGAGGGCGGGAUGAACCUUAGUGUGGGACAGAGACAGUUGUUAUGUCUGGCCCGGACACUACUGAAGAAAACUAACAUUCUUAUUUUGGACGAGGCGACAGCAGCCGUGGAUUUCCAGACAGACGAGCUGAUACAACAAACCAUACAGAAAGAAUUCCGGAACUGCACCAUCCUCUCUAUCGCUCACCGACUGAACACCAUAAUGGAUUAUGACAGGAUUAUGGUAUUGGACAAUGGUCAAGUGGUGGAAUUCGACAGUCCGGAAAACCUAUUGGCUAAAAGAGACAGUAUAUUUUACAGCAUGGCUAAAAAUGCGGGACUAGCGAUGGAUGUCUCGGUUAGAGGACAUCGACAUACCCCCUCCCCUCCCACUGCCAAAUUAGAGACCCGAGACAAACCCAGCAGUAGGCCAGGGUCUGUCACCAGUCAGGAGGGUUCUGUCCCUCCGGCAUCCCCCAUACCUCCUCCGCCGACCACGCCCAUCAGUCGGGUAGACAGCGAGGAGACACUGCCGCGAUCCUCCAGUUCAGAGUUUGAAACAAAUGACCACUCCCCCAAUCAGAGAAGAGAGUCCACAACUGAAAACAAAGGGGAAUCCGAGGUCUGAUUCCAGGUAGGGGGUGGGGAAUAACUGUUGAUCGAUUCUUAGGAGAAAAGAAAAAAAAGCAUUAUCCAUCACCUUUUCACCAAUGGACAUAAUAGAUUGGUACCAGCAGUAGCUCCAUGUGAAGAACACAGAAUAGCUAGGCAUAUUUAAAGAGAUUUUUCUAAGAAUUAGGUGUUAUGACAUUAGGAAAUGAUAAUAUAUUACUAAGUAGCUACACCAUAUCGUUCCAUACUAUAUCUUCCAUAAAAAAUAUUAAUUGUUUGAACUGUGUUCUUAUCUAAGGAGAAGGAGGCAUUGUUUUCGUCAUGUUUGUGUUUCUGUCCAUCUGUCUUUCUGUACUUAAUUCUGGAACCAUUAAUUAGGAUGAACUUAACUUUGGUAUAUUUUUACGAAUGAUAAAAAGGUGUCAUGUUCUGACUCAGCGAUGAGAUUUUAAAAAUCAUGUCCAAAAUGUUUUGUUAAGAAGAAAGGAUUUUGAACAUUUGUUUGUAACUGAAUAUUUGUUUGUAAUUGAACAUUUCAUUUGUUUGCAAUUACCCAGACCCAGAGAUGUG